AUGAGCAGCUGGGACCAGUACUUUGACCACGUCACAUUUGACCAAUCGCACAUCCAAAACGGGAUCGCUGCCGCCGACCUGUCUGAACACGCUCCCGAGCACAUCAACCUAAAGUCGAGCCUCCAACCGACCAAAAAACUCGUUCCGCAACAGCCCGUGUACGAAAUCGCGUCGCUCUAA